CAUCUCUAGGAAGUGUGGUAAAAAGGAAAAGAAAAAAAAAAGUUCGAAGUGUUCCGUGAGCAGCAGAGAGAGCUCAGAGGAGUGUAGCUGGCAAGGCGACGGAAAAUAUUGAGAAGAGUAGAGAGGCAAUAGGCUUUAAAGCGAAUGUUAACCUGUGACUACUCCGGGAACUACGACACCUCGUCCCGCGGCAGCAGCACCUCUCCGGCCCAGCCAGAGUCCUUCACAAGCGGCAGCAGCACGAUCGGAAGUCCGAUCUCUACCUCAAGCUACCAGAAGUACAGGGUUGACAUGCCCGGCUCCAACAGUGCCUUUAUUCCCACAAUCAAUGCAAUCACGACAAGCCAAGACCUGCAGUGGAUGGUGCAGCCCACUGUCAUCACCUCUAUGUCGAACCCAUACUCCCGCUCCCACCCAUAUGGCCAUCACCUGACCAAUGGUCCCAGUCUGCUUGCACACAACCCACUGGCUCGGCCUGGGGUCAUCCGGUCUAUCGGGGACACCAGGAGAGGACGCAAGAGGGAUGAACAGCUGACCCCAGAGGAAGAGGAGAAGAGGAGGGUGAGGCGUGAGAGGAAUAAGUUAGCCGCGGCAAAGUGCCGUAACCGUCGGCGGGAGCUCACCGAAAUGCUGCAAGGGGAAACCGAGAAGCUGGAGGAGGAGAAGGCAGACCUGCAGAAAGAGAUCGAGACCCUGCAGAAGGAGAAAGACAAGCUGGAGUUCAUGCUUGUUGCCCACAAUCCCGUGUGCAAGCUGCCCAUCGAGGAGCGCCACCAGCCAUCCGGGCAGCAGCAGCAGUGUAAUCCGCUCCCACUCACCAUGCGCACCAACAUGGGCACACGGGCUCAGAUGAACCAAGUGGUGGUGAAGCAGGAGCCCGAGGACGGGGACGAAAAUAUGGGCAAGCUUCAGCGCUCAAUCAUCAAGCCCAUUUGUCUGGGAAGCAGCAGCAUCGGUGGCGGGAUGUACAGCCCAGAUGGAGACAGCCUGAACACUCCAGUGGUGGCAGCAUCUACUCCGGCUGCCACACCAAAUGCUCCAAACCUCAUAUUCACCUACCCCAACAUGGUGGAGCCCGAAAGCCCCUCGCCCUCUUCUGAGUCCUGCUCCAAGGCCCACCGGCGCAGCAGCAGCAGCGGCGACCAGUCCUCAGACUCCCUCAACUCACCGACCCUCCUGGCCCUCUGAGCGAGGGCUCGUCUCGGCGCGGCUGAGAAACAAACACUGUGGCUGAAAGCAAACACAAGGAUCGACUGCGCGCCCUCGUCCCCACCCUCCCUCCGGUGUCUUUAAAGACGCAAGAGCACACUGAAAAGUCCAGACCAAGCUGACCAUGUGAGCCGUUUCCCCCCUUUAGAGGGAGACCCACAAGGGCUACGCUGCGUGUUUCUUCUCGUUCUGCUUCAGUGUAAAAAAAUUUUUUAUCCGUCAAAGUGUGUGCACCGACUCUGAAAAGCAUCAUCCCUUCACCAUUUCAACUCCAGAGUGUCAACGUUUACUGGGCAGACAAUUCUGAAGAAAGACAUGCCUGCAUUUGGCAGCCGUUGGUUGAUGUGAUUACAGCAAGAGAGCGCGUUCUUAAUAUAUAUAUAUAUUUUUGAAAAUGUUCAAAAAGCCAUGUGGCCGACACUUGCACUCUGCCAAGACGAAUCAAUAAAUAAAUCACUAAACGAGGUCAGCUUUCUACUGGAAGGGGAGAAAGAGACAAUGAGCAAAGACUUCCUCUCAUCUCUUUUUCCACUUCGAUUUGUCCUUUCAGAACUUGAUUCAGGAAAAGAGUGUGUGGACAUUCCUGAUGUUCUUUCCAUCUCUUUAAUUGUAUUUAUGGCCUGUGCUGAUUAAAUUUUACAGUGUUUUGUUAAGACAUUGUCUUCUCCUUUAAUCUGCCUGUAGAAAAGCAAAGCGGUCAUCCGCAGGGUGACCCGAGCACUCCUCAGUGUUGCAAAGGAUACGAGCCAACUUUCAAUCAACGACUAGUUCCUACUCUCUACUUUCUAUUUUGCCAUAGUGGCUUGACUUUACAGUAGUAUUGGUGUGCUUUUCCUCAGUGAUUCUGUACCUGAACUUUACAACCUGUUUUUGACAAAGUGUAUGUGAUUUACAUUGAUGUCAGGGAUAUCUCUCAUGUGUAGUAGAACCCAGUUGUGAAGAGCGUUGCAGGACUGCUGGCUGCUGAUUGGUCUAGCCAAAGUGUUGCAGAGGUGGUACUUUACUAAACUCCGUCACUUCAAGAGAGGUUCGUCUUUUCGGUCGAAGAGUUUGAACAAAACCCUCCUCGGCUUCUUUGUGCCGUUCAUCCUCUAAACAAAGCGCUUACCUUUUUCCAACUCUGGUCAGGUUUCAGAAAAGCCGAAAAAAAAAAAAAAAGAUUUUUAUGACACGUGUAAUCCUGUAAUUCGUCCGUCUUUGUCUGAAAAGGAGGGAUUUUGCUUAAAUUUGAAAAAGCCACUGUGGUCUAGACUGUCGCCAGCUGCCAAUGAUGUCAACCCUGUUUAUACUGUGUUUGUAAAUCUGUCACUUUUAGUAAAGAAAUGAUGUUUAAAUUCAACUCAGAUGUGGUGAUUUAUGGGUGCAUGAAUACAACAUCGAGGUACUCGGUUAGAAACGUAGUGGCUUAAAACGAGGGCCAGAUGUGGUUCACUUUACGAGAAUAAGGAAGGGAUACGAAGACUCUCUCAACAGCUGGCCUGACAUGAAAGAGUGGACACCUAUGACACUUCUUUGUCUUUAUUUUUAUGUGUGUAACUUAAAGGGUUGAGGGUUUAAUGCACUGAGAAGGACACAACAGCGAUAUCUGAGACUUUUUUCUUUUAUUUUUUUCGUUUACUUCAGACAUUCCUAAUGACUAUAACGUCAGGGGUAAAAGGAAGGUGCCAUUGCAAACCUUUUUGCUGUGAGAAGAAUAAGGGAUAUGGUUGGGAGACUUUUGUUGCGCUGGUUGCAGAAAACAGACUUUUCAAUUCAAUACAAGCUGCUGCUACUUGUUUGAAAAGGUUCGGUAAUGGUUGAUUUACUGUGGCUGGUUGUUAUCCUGCAUAAGAAGGUGGAAUGAUAACCAAAAACAUCACCAUGUCUGUAUGUUGAAAUAUUCUCGAGCCCCUCGACACACAUAGGAAAGCCAUUGACUGUAGAUCUUCUACUGUACAUGUCAUCUACUGUCUCUGUCCUCUGUUUUACUAUUACUUCUUUUCCAAAUGCUUUAACUGUUUAAAAUGAUUCAAAAUUAAUAAAAAACAGCAAUAUGUAUAGCAGUGUUUGUUAAUUUAAAAGAAUGAUAAUAAAAAAAUAAUUUUCAA